GAACCGUUAAGACGUACCGAACAUUUCUUUCGAAUCCCAUCUUUACUGCUGAAGGUUUUUUUUCUGUGCACCGAUAUGAUGAGAUUACGUGAAAUUGCAGACAAAUUGAAGGACGUCGAUGAAACCGAUCCCUGGAGAGCGGAAAUGACUCACCUAUUGACGGCGAAAUUUUUAGGUCUGGUUCCCACAAAACGAAGUCUGCUACUUGCUUCUAAAGUGAACGCUUCGGCGUUUUGCCGCCGACGUCUGCCGGUGAUUUUGAUGCGUUCCCAUAUGGCUGAAACUAUGAAAGCAGCUGUCACUUUUGUGGAACAAGGACAUGUACGAGUUGGACCAGAUAUAAUCCGUGACCCAGCUUUUCUUGUUCCCAGGGCAAUGGAAGAUUAUAUUACCUGGGCUCCUGGGUCAAAGAUCCGCCAACGUGUAGACACAUACAACGGUAUUCGUGAUGACUUCAAUGAUGUAUAA